AUGAUGUGCAACAUCAGUGUGCCCAUCCGGCUGUUGGUUUUGGUGCAGAACGGGCGGGAGGCGAUGCUGUCGUUGUGCCUGCAGGAACUCGAGAGGGUCUAUGGGUGGUCCGGACGCCUGGUUGUGAGUCGUCACCCGGAAAACAUCGGGUACAGCGCUGCCGUGAACAUCGGGUCACGAAUUGCACUCUUGCUGCCGCACGAGGAAGUGCCUUUUGUUUUUGUAACGAACAGCGACGUAGAGUUUUCACCCGAUCUUCUUCCCAACCUUCUACGCGAUGUGCAUGAAAUGACGAGGCAUGAUGCCGCUCGCAUGGAUGAGUUGUCGGCGGAGGUGGCGAAUGAGCCGAGCGAGUCCAGUCCUGUUUUGCGACGGGGCUUGAGGGUGCUGCGCUCCACGGUGAACGAUAGCCGAUUGUCGACGUCUGCGCUGCUGCCUGACCGCAUCCGUUAUGCUUCUGUGAAGGAGCGUGAAAAGGCGUUUUCGAAGCAUUACGGGCAUUUUGCGCGUAUUAAAAAGCAGUUGUUUUACAUCUGUUAUGUUGACACGCCUGGCGAUCAGCACGGUGGAAUAUUUUGA